AGCUACUGUAUUUUCAUUGGUGAACCCUUCCAGAUCAAAGGUAACAUUAAAACCAAUGGGACGGAAAGGGAAGAGGGACUGGCCCCAGUAAGUACACAGAUCCUCUCUGCGCAGAUGCUUGUUUGUUGCAUCAGUUGCAGUUACCAUCGGUGUGUGGCCUGAACUUUGCCUCCUUGGUUUCUGCUGAAAACGUAUAACAGAGAAAAGCCUCCAGGAUGUCGGAUUUAAAGGAGCUUUGCAGCGGUCUACCUCUGGAUCCUUUACCACCAAACCGAGGAAGAGAUCCGAAUGUGCCACACGCUCCGGUCCGGACUCCUAACCUCACAGCUGAGGAGGAAAGACUGGCACUGAGAAAUGCUCUGCGCUACUUCCCACCAUCCCACCAUGCAACACUUGCAUCUGAAUUUGCUCAAGAGCUCCGGCAGUACGGACACAUAUACAUGUACCGCUUCUGCCCCGCGGUGCGGAUGAGAGCCUAUCCUAUAGAUCAGUAUCCGUGCCGCACACGGCAAGCAGCAGCUAUGAUGCUAAUGAUCAUGAACAACCUGGACCCAGCUGUUGCUCAGUUUCCACAGGAGCUCGUCACGUACGGAGGGAACGGACAGGUGUUUAGUAACUGGGCCCAGUUUCGCCUUGUGAUGCGCUACCUGAGUGAGAUGAGUGAGGAGCAAACUCUGGUCAUGUACAGCGGUCACCCCAUGGGCUUGUUCCCCAGCCUGCCUUCCUCUCCUCGGGCCAUCAUCACUAACGGCAUGGUUAUUCCCAAUUAUUCUUCCAGAGAACAAUAUGAGAGGAUGUUCGCUCUUGGUGUGUCAAUGUAUGGCCAAAUGACUGCAGGCAGUUACUGCUACAUUGGACCUCAAGGAAUUGUUCAUGGCACAAUGCUGACUGUACUGAACGCAGGUCGUCGGUACCUCGGCACCGAUGACUUGAGGGGCCGCGUCUUCGUGACCUCUGGCCUCGGCGGAAUGAGCGGCGCCCAGGCCAAAGCGGCCGUCAUCGCAGGCUGUGUUGGAGUCAUUGCCGAGGUGGAUGAAGUUCCACUGAGGAAGAGGCAUGAGCAGGGUUGGGUCAUGGAGGUGGCCAGCAGUUUGGAGCAAUGCAUCAAACGUAUCCGAGAAGCCAGGAACUCCAAGACGCCCCUCAGUUUGGGAUACCAUGGGAAUGUCGUAGACCUGUGGGAGCGGCUGCUGUUGGAGUUUGAGAGGACAGGGGAGCUCCUGGUGGAUCUGGGUUCAGACCAGACGUCGCUGCACAACCCCUACAACGGGGGCUACUACCCCGUCCCACUCAGCUUCCGCCAGGCCAACCAGCUCAUGUCCACAGAUCCUGGACGCUUCCAGAGCAUCGUCCAAGAGAGCCUCAGAAGACACAUAAAGGCCAUCAACAAGUUAUCGGAUGCAGGCAUGUUCUUCUGGGAUUACGGCAAUGCAUUCCUGCUGGAGGCCCAAAGAGCAGGUGCAGAGGUCAACAAAGUUGGUGGAGGUGCGACCGAGUUCCGGUAUCCUUCUUAUGUCCAACAUAUUAUGGGGGACAUUUUUUCUUUGGGGUUUGGGCCGUUUCGCUGGGUUUGCACGUCUGGUGAUCCACAAGACCUGGCCGUAACCGACAACAUCGCCGCUAAGGUGCUGGAGGAAAUCGCUGCCAAGGUGUCAGAACGUGUAAGGCAGCAGUACAGAGACAACAUCCGCUGGAUCAGAGAGGCUGGAAAGCACAAAAUGGUUGUUGGAUCUCAAGCUAGGAUUUUGUACUCAGACCAGAAAGGAAGAGUGUGCAUUGCUUUAGCCAUAAACCAGGCUGUUGCUGAUGGAAGAGUCUCAGCUCCGGUGGUCAUCAGCAGAGACCACCAUGAUGUCAGCGGCACAGACAGCCCCUUCAGAGAGACCUCUAAUGUGUACGACGGCUCUGCGUUCUGUGCAGACAUGGCCGUCCAGAACUUUGUUGGCGAUGCCUUCAGAGGUGCCACUUGGGUCGCUCUGCAUAAUGGUGGCGGUGUUGGCUGGGGAGAGGUAAUAAACGGAGGAUUCGGUUUGCUGCUGGACGGCUCAGACGAGGCGGCGAAGCGCGCCAGGUUGAUGCUCAGCUGGGACGUUUCCAACGGGGUGGCUCGUCGCUGCUGGUCUGGAAACACAAACGCCUAUGAGACGAUCCAGCGCACCAUGGAGGAGAACAGGCAGCUCCGCGUCACCAUGCCGUUUCCAGUGCAGGAUGAACAUGUGCUGGACCGAGCCCUGCAGGGAUAACUGGAGAUGAUUUCAUCUAAUUAGACAGAGAGCAGAGGAAGGCAGUAGCUGAAUUUACUGAAGUGUAUUUAUCAAAAUGAAGCCUUAAUCAGAAGAAUCACUCACGGUGUUAAUGUCAUGAUCUGAAAAAGUGUGUGUUAUAAUAAUGUUUGUUUUAAAGAUCGAGGUAGAACUACAAAAAGCGGCAAACCUGCACUGAUUGUAUGGUUUCCAACUUUCGAUGGAUGGACCAUCGAUACAUAUUACUAAUAAUACAUAUUGAUACCAAUAUAUGUGAAUAGGAUGGUCUAUCUAGAGUGGAUGGAUAGAUAAAGUCACCCACAAAAUAAACUGGACAGCUUUUAAGAAAGGUCUUUUUAUAGAGGAAAGGUUCAGUACAAUUGAAUACUUUUACCAUGUCAGAUGACUCUUAUCUACUUUUGUGCUGCAAAUUAAUAAAUAAAAUGUUUGUUUUAAUAUUGA